GACGCACCACCCCGGCUUCCUUCUCAUUCUAGCAGUCAGGUGUAUUUACUGCGCUUCCUUGCGCCUUGUAAACAUUAGGUAUAUUACAUAUCUGUGUGGAUAUUUUUUGUCUCAGCAAAGUGCUGCUCAUUUGCCGUCAGUGAGUUUUUUCGUCAUUCAUGUAAAGCUUUUACUCAUUGAUUCACUGAUGUCUUGAUUUGUCAUGUGGUUUGUCAUCAUAGUGCAAGGUGUUUUGAGGCCAUAUCUGGAUUGAUGCCCGGCAGAUUAAGAUGGAACUGUCUGAAUCUCUCACACACAAGAACGGGAGGCAGCGGAAGCCUGUGCUGCUCAACAUGGGGGAAAGAGAGUCCAAGCUAGAAGUUGGGGGAGAUGAAGAGGCUCUUCUUCCAAACUCUGACAGAGCCGAUGGACGAACGCAAACACACAAAGGGAUUAAAGGAGAACUGGGCAAUGUGUCCCUGUUAUUGUUCCUGUAUGUGCUUCAGGGCAUUCCUUUAGGCUUGGCUGGCAGCAUUCCUCUCAUCAUGCAGAGUAAGAAUGUCAGCUAUAAAGACCAGGCCUAUUUCAGCUUCGUCUUUUGGCCCUUCAGUCUAAAGUUGUUCUGGGCUCCUCUGGUGGACUCUGUGUAUCUCAAGCAGUUUGGCAGGAGGAAGUCCUGGCUGGUUCCUACUCAGUACCUGCUUGGUCUUUUUAUGCUGUAUCUGUCAUUGACCGUUGACUCCAUGCUUCAGACGGAUGGACAGAAGGGGCCGGAUGUGAUUACUUUAACCGCAGUCUUCUUCUUGCUGGCUUUCCUCGCAGCCACGCAGGACAUUGCCGUUGAUGGCUGGGCUUUGACUAUGCUGUCCAGGGAAAAUGUGGGUUAUGCUUCCACUUGUAACUCUGUGGGUCAGACGGCAGGAUACUUCCUGGGAAAUGUGCUGUUUCUGGCUCUGGAGUCGGCUGAUUUCUGCAACAAGUAUUUGAGGUUUGAGCCUCAGGAACGGGGAAUUGUUACACUCUCAGAUUUCUUGUUUUUCUGGGGGAUUGUGUUUAUGGUGUCCACCACUCUGGUCGCUGUCCUGAAGAAGGAAAAUGGCAAACCCCAUCCCGCUAAGAAGAAGCCCAAAGAGGAGACACAGGGUGUGAAGGAGACUUACAAACUUCUGUUUUCCAUCAUUAAAAUGCCCACCGUCUUUACUUUCUGUGCCCUACUACUGACUGCUAAGGUGGGAUUCUCCGCUGCAGAUGCCGUGACGGGGCUGAAGUUAGUGGAAGCUGGAGUUCCAAAAGAGCAGCUAGCUCUGCUGGCAGUCCCAAUGGUGCCUCUGCAGAUCCUGCUGCCUCUGGUUAUUAGUAAAUACACAGCUGGCCCACGUCCACUCGACAUUUUCUACAAGGCAUUUCCGUUUAGGUUACUGAUUGGUCUAGAAUAUGCCCUGCUGGUUUGGUGGACCCCAAGUGUUCGGCAGGAGGAGGGCUUUCCUGUCUAUUACUAUGCUGUUGUGCUUCUGAGCUAUGCAGUACAUCAGGUGGCACUAUACAGCAUGUAUGUUGCCUGCAUGGCCUUUCAUGCCAAGGUCAGUGACCCUGUGAUUGGGGGCACCUACAUGACCCUUCUGAACACUGUGACUAAUCUAGGAGGGAAUUGGCCCUCAACACUGGCUCUAUGGCUGGUGGACCCACUCACCUCAAAAGAGUGUGACGGGGCCCCUGGACAGACGUGCAGCUCCAUUGAAGAAGCAGGACUCUGUGUCAGAGAAGGUGGUUCGUGUGUCACAUCAUUGGACGGUUACUAUGUGGAGUCUGUGGUGUGCGUUCUGAUUGGCCUCUGCUGGUGGAUCUUCUUUGGGAAAAGAAUGAAGCGCUUACAAGAAGAAAGUCCCUCUGCGUGGCAUUGCAGGGUUGCUAAAUAGCAAUCUCGAAUGAACUCUUCCUCUUGUUUUAAAGCUACUUCAUGCCUCUCUUUCCCUCCUUGAGUGACUGCUUGUUUUCAUCAUACUACAGCAGGCCUGUAGAGAGGCUUUGAACUGAAAUUGGUAAACACCUUGCUAGUAAAUUAUUAGCAAAUAUGUUCUAUUUUUCAGGGUUUUAUUGAAAAAAAAUUGAAGAACUAUAAAACUAGAAAUGGCUCUAGCUUAUGGUACAUGAUAUGAUACAUGAUAGAAAUGUCAUGACAUUCACUGUUUGGUUGCCUCUUGAGUACUUGAGUUCCUGUGCCUUUUGCAUUUCUGUUUCUAAUGCAAGCGCCACCCUCAAAAACAAUCAGCCUUCCGUUUCAUAAAUGAUAUAUGUAAGACAAAGUAGUUACAAAAUUAACUUUUCAGCUUUUUCCAGGAAAAUCUUGAUUCUAAUUGAGCUCUUCUGGUGGGAUGUUAAUAUUUAUGAAGUGUUAAACAUACCACAUCAUCAGUCAACCAGUUGGGAAUGAAACUGGUUGAUGUUCUACUACUAAAAAUGGUUACAGAAGUAGAGGUGGUUAUUUUAAGUACACUUGCCUUUAAUGAAGGUAUCAAUUUAAUAAGCAAGUGUAUAUGAUAUAAUAUAAUAUAAUAUAAUAUAAUAUAAUAUAAUAUAAUAUAAUACAAUAUAAUACAAUUUAAUCAAUGGCCUGGAAAAAUGUAUUUUGCCAUAUUCUGUUUUCACUUGUAUUGUCUUUGUUUAUUUAUUUUUUUUUAUUUGCUGUUUUCCAUGCAUUUUACAGGCCAGUGCUUUAAUGCCGAUUGAGUGUGUGCUGCAGAUUUUUCAUGAAACCUUUUGGAAUAACAAAGUUUGUUCCCCCAACCAAAAUCCACAUCAGUAAAAUUAAUCAUUAUGUUUUCUAUGAAGCAUUUAGACUUAAGAGCGAAGUCUAUAAUUUACCAGAGUAACAGCUGUUAAUGGUCGACGUGGGUGUUUAUCCAAUCACCAGCACUUUUACUACAAGUUGGUAUUUAGUGAUUGUUGAAUGUUUAGAGAAUGAUUUUCCCAAAAAAUGAUAAUUCUUUUAUUAAUUACGUUGUAUUAUUAUUUGGUUUUUAUUUCUGAGUAAAUCAACUCUUUAAAAUACUGUACUGUAAAACGUUUCUUUGUUUUUAUAAUGCUGAUUCUGUUGUUUUAUAUCAUAUAAUGAAGGCAGGGCUUUAGGGAGAGGGAUCUUGAGUGUUGUAUAUACUUUUAAACAGCAACAACAAACGUUUUUAUUCAUCAUUCUUAAAGUCUAUAUAAAUUAAAAUAAAGGCAAAUCUUCUGUACAACGCACAGAACACGUGCUUUGGUUAUUUUAAGCAAAUAUAUGCAUGUAGAAAAGGUUUGCUUGUAAAACUAAAACGCGUUUUAACUGUUUUGUCCUAGUUGCUACCCGUUUAUAGUGGGCGGAGUUUCAUUUUGUAGUUUUUUUCCCUCUGUAAACAACAUGCCGUCAGUUCCUGCAGAUAAUACAGACGAUGCUAAACCCUCCAAAAAUUUUGUUGCACUUUUAUCAAACUUUGCUGACGAUCAUUUAACAGUUGUCCGGGUAAGUAGACUCGACCAUGCGUGUCAUUUCAAUAAAUUGUAUAAACAGCC